UUCUUAUUUCCUGUUUAUUCCUGAAAAAUUGCAAGACGCACUUCAACUUCAUUUCUUUGAAGUGUACACUAUUUAUAACAAGAGCAUUUGUUUUUGAGGGUUAACUUCUAAUCAUUACUACAGAUUUAUCAUUUCUAAGGCAUGAGAAGUGUUUUGAUUAAUAACUUAUGAUGGAGACUCCAUUAGAAGGCUGUGAUGUAUGUGGUGAAGAUCAUGCUACAGUGCUAUGUCCUGAACUUGGUCUACAGAAUUCUGACCUUGAAGAUGUUGUAGUUACAAGGGCAAGACUGACAUUACCUCAUACUCUGCAAGCAGUAGAUUUAGGCAAUGGGGAGGUGACCGUUUACAGUACUGAAAAUCUUUGUAAAAAAACACAGUUUGGACCUUAUGAAGCCAAGAGGACAACACAUGAAUUUAAUGAUGAUGGUUUAUUUGUUCUGAAGAUUUUGACAAAAGAUGGCAUGAAUGUCAGUCUGGACACAACAGAGGAAAGUGAAUGCAACUGGAUGUGUUUGGUCCAAGCUGCUACUGAAGCACAUCAACAGAAUUUGAUUGCAUACCAACUGGGUACCAGUAUAUUCUACAGUACAACCAGGAAUAUUGACCCUGGGACAGAGUUACAUGUGUGGUAUGCUCCACAGUAUGCCAGACGCCUGGGAAAACAACCUAAUCCUGAUGGCUAUAGUAAAGUUAUGCUAGGGAUGAAGGUUGUCUAUCCAUCAGUAGAUGAAUUGGCAGAAAGUCAGAUCAUCAAAAAUGUUGUGGAAGAGGGAAGCAAACAUUUGAAUCAACCACCAGAAGAGGCCAUUGAAAACCAACAAAUGGAGAUAAAUACUUCAUUAGAACAAGGAAUGUCACAGACUGAAGAAGAUGAACAACAGUUGAUACCAAUAACAAACUAUAGAUGUCGACGUUGUGGAGAAGGAUUUAUGACGGAGAUUGAGCUUGGAAAACAUAUUAGAGAACAUAUAAAUCCACCAGGGUCUGGCAGAAGAGGAAGAUUACCAAAAGUGGACAAAGUCAUCAAGAUUUUACCAAAGAAAAAGAAAACAGGAAAAGUGGAGAAAGAGGAUACAGAUAGCUGUGAGAAUGAUGAAGAAUUCACACCUAAAUCUUACCAAAUGUUCAAAGUAGAACCUCAAGAUCCGACACGCUUACGAGUUCUGCCGAAACGUAGACUGAAGGGGAAAAGGACUACUGGGUUCUUAGUUGAUGAAGAAUUUCUGCUAACAAAAUCUCAAAUUAAAACAGAACCUGAAGAAAUCACAGCAGAAGUACAUGUUGAGAUCAUAAAUAAAGAUGAGUCAUCUUCCCUUAAAAGAAAACGUGGCAGACCAUCUCAAAAGAGUAGUAAAACUGCAGGGUCUCCAUGUUCAAAAAGGAAAAAAAUAUUUGAAAAAGAGAUUGAAACAGAGAAAUGUAUAAAGCAGUCAGAUGAACCGAGAAAUGAUUGUGCAGGAGAAUUGCUUGAGAAAUUGGAUACAGUAAAUACAGAUGAUAACACUGUUGAAUUUCAGGAUACUGACGACAAAAUUGUAGAUGAUGAUCAGAAUAUGAAAUUAAUGAAAUUAAUAAGCACAGCUGCUGAAACAAAUGAAAUUAUUGAUGCUCCAGCUAUUCAAGCUGACAACGACAAUCAGGUUGAGAAUGCGAAUGCUAUAACAGAGGAAGUCACAUCAAACAAUGAGUACAGUUCUGCAGUGUUAGAGUCAUCAGAGUUUCCUUCUGAUUAUCUUGUGGCGUCAAACAAUACAAUAAAAGAGAGUGAACAGGGAAAGAAUGAAGAAUUUAAUAAAACAUCAGAAGAGGCAGGAGAUACAGAAGAGAAUGGAAAAUUAUCAGCUGUUGAAACUGAACAGAAAGAAAAAGAUGGAGAAACCAGCAGCAAAGAGAACAUGGAAGAAGAAACCAGCAUAGAGAAACAAGAUGAAGAAAUCAGCCAAGAGAACAUCCACGAAGAAAUCAGCAAUGAGAAAAAAGAUGAAAGAACUAGCAAAGAAAUCAUAGAUGAAGAAACUAACAUAGAUAACAUAGAUGAUGAAGAGAGCAGUGAUAAAAGCAGUGGGAAAUCAGAAAAAGAAAACUCUAAAAAUAAAAAAGAUGACACCAAAAAAAUUCACAAGAAAAUAACCAAAUCAAAAAAGGAAAAAGAUAAAAUGAAAAGAAAGGCAAGAUUACUACCUAUACCAAUGGAAGUGAGAGAUACGCCCAAUGGUAAAGAAUAUGUUUGUACCAUCUGUAAUAAAAAAUAUAAUACUGAAAGGUACUUGCGUCUUCAUGCUCCAAAACACACAAGUGAAUUUAGGUGUGAAACUUGUGGCAAGUCUUUUGCUAGGAAGGAAAGUUUACAAAAACAUGAAUGUCGUUUUUCUGCUAAGAUUAUUACAAAGGAGCCAACUGAAUCAGGACAACAGACAGAAGGUAAUCCAAUUUAUAGUUGUUCUAAAUGUGAAGAACAGUUCUAUGACCUGGUAGAAGCAGAGAAUCAUUUACAAGUACACAGGAUUGGAAUUACAUGUGAACAUUGUAAACAAGUUUUCUUAAAACGGGUCCAAUGGAACCAGCAUGUUUGUCCUGAUGUGGAAAAAUCCAGAUAUUCAUGUGACAUUUGUUUCCAGACAUUUGGGAAUGAACAGAGCUUGUUCCGCCAUGUUGCAAUGCACACUGAUAUUUAUAAAUGUGAAAAGUGUGCGAAAUGCUUUUCACGGAAGGAUUCUUUGCUUCGUCAUAUUACUACUUGUUGUCCAGACAAGGCCGAGGAUUACGGUGUUUUCUCAUGCAGAAAAUGUAGUAAAACUUUUGGAACAAAGUUAGGAUUGGAAAAUCAUGAAGCAAGAUGCAGCAUGCAUUGUUGUGAUGCCUGUUUCCAAGUCUUUGAUACAAAACCCAGUUUGGAUGAACAUAAAUGCAGGCCUCUACCAGAAAACAGCGACUCCAGCACAAAACAAGUCAAAUUUAGCUGUAGCGAAUGUAACAAAUCGUUUAAAAACUUGCAUUAUCUUCUCCAGCAUAAACAAGUUCACUGUAAUUCUCAUGAAUGUGAGGUUUGUGGCAAAAGGCUGAAAAGUCAGGAAGAUAAGGAUGAUCAUGAGAGAUUCUGUCUCGCAGUGAAUAAAAUCAAAAUGGAAGGAAAAAUAAAAUGCGAUCGUUGUGGAGAAGAGUUCUUUUUAGCAAAGGAAUACAAAGAACAUUACCAGACACACACUCACACAUAUCACUGUGAAAAGUGUGAUAAACGAUUCGUAAAAAUAGGCACUUUACACACUCACCAAUGUGUGACAGCAGAAGGUGUUAAUUGUCAGUUUUGUAAAAGAGAUUUUAAAAGUAAAAAGACAUUCCAACUGCAUAUGGUCACACAUUCAGAUAUUGUGUCCCAGUGUCCAAAAUGCAGUAAAUAUUUUGAAAAUGACCUUUUUGAUGACCAUCCAUGUGAUGUCGAAGAAUCAAAAGAAGAAGAAUCAACUGCAAAGUAUAUGUGUCAUCUUUGUGGGAAAAAUUUUGUCAGUACUAGUAAUCUGAACAAACACAUGAAAGUACAUGGCGACAAGUCCAUAUCUUGUCCGUAUUGUGACAAAAAGUUUCAUUAUCCAGAAUAUCUUAAAGUUCACAUUGCAGGUGUUCAUGAAAAGAAGACACAGUAUCAAUGUUCUGAAUGUGGGAAAAUUUUAACCUCAAAACCAGGACUUGUGUCACAUAUGAAAUUAUUUCACUGUGACGCUAAAGAAGUCUAUCCAUGUCCAGAAUGUGGGAAAUGUUUCAGUCAGAAAGGAAAUAUGAAAACACACAUGUUUUCUCACGGUAAAGAACGAACAUUUCAAUGCACAUUUUGUACCAAGGCAUUCAAAUAUCCUGAGCAGCUCAAACGUCACAAGCUAUGUCACACAUUGGGUAUGAAAUUCCUAUGUGAAAUUUGUGAGAAAUCAUUUGUGAAGGAUUAUGAACUACAAAAACACAUUCAGGUUAAUCACAGUAAUAAAAUGUAUGUGUGUGAGUUUUGUGGGUCUCGAUGUGGACUUAAGCAUACAUUACAGAGACAUUAUAAAAGAAAGCACAAUGCGUCUGCUCACCUGGUUGAUAAUGCUGAAUACCUUGAAUCACGGUAUCAAGAAGUUGAUAUUGACAACUCAUCUAUGAACAGGACAAAUAUUGUUUCAAUGGUGGAGUUAAUGCCACAAGCUGCAGCAGAAGCUUUGAGUAGUCUGUCUACAUCAGUGGGUCAACAAACUGUCAUCUCUAAUGAAGUGGCACAAUUAAUUAGUCAGGAUGGAACUAUAGUACAACUUCCAGGCCAUGACAACAUGUUUACAAUCCCUACAAGUCAGGGCGGUGGUGGUGAUGAGCAGACAGUAGUCAUUCUUCAGAUUGUUAAUCCUCAGGAACAACAAAUAGAAGUCCAAGAAAUGGAAACUCAGGUCAUCGACACAAUGGAGUUAGAAACAACAAGUCAAGAUGUAACAGACUAUCAAUAUACUGAAAAUAUCAUCAGUACUUCUUAAAUCUGAUAAACAUAAAUUAGGUUACUGUAUUUUUUUUGGUUUUGUUUUAAAGUUCUGGAUUAAUGCUACUGUGUUUAAUAAGGUACACUGUCACAUCUCCUUGUUGAAUGAUUAUGAUGGUUUUUUUUAUUGAUAUUUUUUUUCUAAAGCAAUGUUAACCCAGAACUCAACUGACAUGAAGUUUGACAAUAAUUAAAAUAAAUCUGAAACUUAUUAACUUAAUUAAGUCAAAUAAUGUUUUGGAAACAUGUUUUGAUGAUUUUUGUGCUAAAUCAAAAACUAUUUUCUUUUAGGGAAGAUGUAUGUGUGUGUUCCUUUCUAUAUGCCUGACAUUUGUGUUCUCUAAAAAAGUUAUCUUUAAAAUAUUAUAAGGACAAAGACUAUAUAAAUUACUCCUGAUUAAAUCUGUGUUUUGUACUAAAUUAAAAUAUUUAAAAAAAAGAUCACAUACUUGUAUGCUGUCAAAUUUUUAUUUUAUUGAAUUAAAUUCACACACAUGUUUUGGUGAUAAUUUUGUACAUGUUGUAAACAUGUAUUAAAAUAGGUAUUGCACAAUCACAGUGAAAAAAAAACAUUUAAUUGUAUGUUAUUCAUUUCAAGUACAUUUAUACCUGUUCAUGCAGUUAAUGCAAGGACAUACCAGUAAAUGCUAAUGAAAAGAGAUUCAGAUUUGUCACAAGGUUGUAAAACAUACUGUUUUUUUGUUUUUUUUUUCAUCUCAUUUAAUUGUUAUGCAUUGAAGACAAUUUUGUUUCUGUCAUUUUUACAGUUGAAACAUCACAACAGUUGUACAAAUCUGACUUUUAUUAAAAUGUGUGAAUGAUAUUGAGUGAUAAGAAGAGCAUGAAUUUGUUGUAAAUAAUCUGUGAUCACAUCUGUAUGUUCCUGUCUUAGGUUGUUGGAUGAUUUUUUGGAUUUAGAUGAUACCAGUUGAAAAUAUCAUGCAAGUGACCAUUCUUUUAAAGAGUGCAUUCUUCAGGACUAAAAAUACUCAUAUAAAUUUGUGUUUUUUUAUCCAGGUUAAAUGUAUGUAACAUAAUAGUCGCUGGUUUUAACUGAAAAUGUUCACAUAUUUAUUGCUGCGACAUGUACAAAAAUCAUAUGUUAUUUAAAAAAAGUUUAAAGAUACAUUUAACAAAAAAAAUUAUGAAUGUGACAAAAUUUAAGAUACAAAUACUCGUUAUCGAUUACAUUUUUCAGAUUUUCCUGUUUUGUUUUUUUAUCAUGUUUAUGAAUGUUCUUUAUUUGUGUGAAUUGAAUA